AUGGGCUCUGAAGAAAAUUUUGACCAACGUAAAUUGGCAAUAAGGCCAUACGCAGACUUUAAUAAUGCAAGUCCUCAGUGUUACAAAAUAUCUUUGUUUUUCAGUUCUGAAAACAAAGGGAGUGAAGCCAUAGAUUUAAAGAGCAACCAAAAGGAAAGCACAACUCUGCCUGCACUUUUGAAGGUUUGUCAAAAUGAAGAGAAGAACCAUUCCACAGAAGAACUUAGCAAGUCUGAAAUCCAGGAGGAGCUGAAAAAGGCUAAUAGCCUUCCUAGUUUGACUCCUGGAAUCAAAACAGCACAUAAAGACAAGCAACCCCGAGAAGGUUUUUUUCAUUUUCUUGGAAGCUUAUUUAAUAUUGCAACAAAAUCUUCUUUGGUAGAAUCUAAACCCUCUACUUUCCAAGAUGAACCCAACAGAUGUGAAAAGGAUUUACAGAACACAAAUACCCUUCCGGAGGACAUGCAGCCAAAGAGUCCGAAAAUUGAAGAGCCUAUCUGUUCUACAGCUAGAAUAAAAGAGGAUUCUGAAAAUAAAGAUGAUGUCAUCUUAAAUAAUAUUGGGAAAGAUAUCUCACAGGAUCUGCAACGAGGCUGGAAACGAUCUGCAGAUGCACAAAAGCAGAUGCAACGGAAGCCAGAAGCGCCUGCAGUCACUUAUGCAACAUAUCGAGGUUCUGCAAGGAUUAGGCAGCUACUGAAGAAUCAAUCAGAAAUGGCUGGAAAAGGAGAAGAAAGUACUGAGAACAGAAAUGGUUCAAUGGUCAAAGAAAAUGGAGAAAUCCAAACAACUGUCUCUCUGAAAUCAGGACACUUAAUAAAAGAAAAUGGAGAAGAUGAGGGUAAAGAUCACAAAGAUGAUGUCAUAGUAAAUUCUUCUGCAGUUAAAAUUGGAACAAAAAAGUCUGGUAAAGCUCAGCAUUGCUUGGGUAGCAGUAAACAUGAAAUAACCGCAAAGACCACAACUUCAUCUAUUGAAUCAUCUCUUGAGAUAGACUUAAAACAUACACCUGCUUUAGCUGCAACAAAAGUUAAAAGAACAUAUUCACUAGAUUCAUUACUGUCAUCUAGUAGUAGAAAUAAUGAGAUCCUAACCAAUUCCACUUCCCAGAUUACCAAUUCCCUUAACAUGAGUUCUGCAGGCGAUUUGGUUGGAAAAGAAGUUGGACUGCUGGGAGAAGUAGAAGCUCAGUUUCAGGCAGACAAAAAUGCCACUUCUAACUUUGAUAAAGAAAAUCAUUGUAGUAAAGCAGCUAAGGAGUCCACAAAAGAAAUGCAGGAUGAUUGUUUACAUUCACCCAAAUCAAAAAAUAAGACAGUUAAUGAAGAACUACAGGUGAGUAAGGGAGAAUAUUGCUGUAAUCAUCAAAUGGAUAGUCACUUGGAGCUAACAUCGGAUGUCCAGAUGCUUCAUUCCAGUACCACUACUUUUCAGCAGCAAGCAGAUCAGCAUACAGGUAGUGCAAAUAAAGAUAGUGAUCCAAGAAAAAGCGAUGCACAGAAAAUUGUGGCAGCUGUAGAAAGAGAGCAAAAUCCACAAAACUUUCUUUCUGCUGCUCUUUUACCUUUUAAUGAACAAAUACCCACUUCACUUAGCGUGGAGUCCAGAGGAGAAUGCAUAGCCGCGGGUGAUCUAACUGCUUCAGUGUCAUCUAUUAAAAAUGAUGAAGAUAUAAUCAUGGGCAGGGGGACUUGUAAUGAAGAACUGAGUGAGUUAGGGAGACCAAUGCACAUACAAAACGAUCACCAGUUAAGCCUUGUGGAGAAUUCUAAGGAUACUGUCACACUGCAGACUGGUUUACCUUGUCUAGAAACUGAGGGUGUGGAAACAAUGAAGGUUUUAUCUGAGGUUGCAGUGGAGAACCUUGCCAAUGUAUCGUCUUGCAUACAUGGGUGUAAGAGUGUGAAAUCUAACUUCGAUGAGCUAACAGCACCUCUCCCUGUUACUUACGAGUCUUCUGUUGAAACUGGAGGCUGUUGCUCAGCUUCUCCUCAUCCUGGUUGCAAGACCAAAAAUAAAACUAUAGGGAAAAGAGAAGUCAGUUUAAAAGAUGUGAGAGAGACUGUUUCUCGUCCUGAUCGUGAGUGUGAGAAGAGCGAAUCCUCUGAGCCUGUAGAGAUGAGCCUCUCAGAAAGCUCAGUUCCUGUCCACAACUGUGGUGCUGUUUCCCUUGAAACUGUUCAAGACAUUCCUGCCAAGGCAUUAGUUACACUCACAGAAGAUAACACAGCAAAGCCUGCACCUUGCCCUUUAAUCGGCAUUGAUAGGACAGACGAUUGUACUCCUGCUGCUUCUAAAAUCGGUAAGAUUGAUAUGACUGAAGUUGCUCCUGUUCCUUCUGAGAGUAAGGAUUCCGCCUCUGAACUUUCCUCUCGUAUUUCUAAGUCACAAGAAAACAUUCUGGAGGUUUCUCAUUCUGCCUUGAGAUAUGGAGAAGGACCUUUGACCAACCAUUCUGCUUUCAUCUGUGAAAAAGGCGUUGAUGUAGACAUCAUUUCUGAAUCUCCAUCUGUUUCUGAAGAUAGGCGUAUUAAUUUUUCUUCCAAGAAGGAAAACAGUAAUAAGCCUAGGAUAUCACCCACAGCACUUGAUUCUUCAUCUGACAACCAAGGAAAAAUGCCUUCCUCUGCCAUUAACUCUGAAAAUGGCCAGAUUGCUAGAUGGUCUGCUGCUUCUGAACAGGACAGCUUUAUUUUUCCAGCUGCUGAGUUCAGGAGCAUAAUCCUUGAGGACAGAAUGACUGAGGUGCCACUUCACUCAGGAGACCCGAGAGCUUCGUGCCCGGCUGGUUCUCUGGAACCUGAGCUUACUCCAGCUAUGCUUGAUCACUCUGCUGCUGGAGUAGAGGUGGGGGGUGUUUGCAUCCCCAGGCCCUCUUCACCUACUCUGGGAUCCAGAGAAGUCUCCAACCUUUCCGUUUCUGCCUUGGAAACAUCGGGUGUUGCUCAGGGGAACAGUUAUUCCUCCAGUCGCAGAGCUGGUGAUGGGGCAGAGGUGGCCUCUUCCGCACAACAGGCUGGCGGCAGUGUCUUGGCAGAGGCAAUGCCAUCACCCAUCUGUCCUUUGAAAUCUUUGGAAAUGGUGUCUGAGUCAGCCUGUACUGAGAGCGUGUGCAGAAAUGCUGUGGGACAGGUGAAUCUUGGUAACUGUGCUGCUGCUAUCUCAGAAGCCCCUUCUGUGACGGAUGAUCAAACAGCUGCUGCACCUGCGGAGUCAAACGAGCUCUGUUCUGAGGAAGUACAGGAAGAUACCAAUGUGAAGGGACAAGAAUGUGCUAAAUUCCAAGAUGCUGCUGCUUUGUUUAAAAAAGCUGAGGAAAUAGUGGACUCAGUUUUACACUUGGCUAUAGAAGAAAUAAUAGCAAAACAAGCCAUUGGUGUCUGCCAGCUUUGUGGGAGCAAGGGUGGUUUAAUAAAUACAGAUAUUCUAAAUUAUCAGAAAGCUGGAACUGUACAGCUGGAAGCAGAAGAAAUCCAGCCAGCUGUGCAGUCAUUAAAACAUUUUAACGAGAGCAGUGGAGGAGGCUCGUCUUCAUUUACAGGAAAUGAAACAGUGGAUGCAAAUAAUCAAGAUGAAAAGAUACUACCUUACAUCCCUGAUAAAAUGGACCUCCAUAGUGCACUAGCACUAAAAGCAAAAGAAAUAAUUGAUGAAGUCAUUAAUUCAGCCAAACAAAAACUGGUAUCCAAUCAGUGGCAAGGCAGUGAGAGUAAAAGGCCUUCUGAAAAGGUUGAGCCUAAACCUACGGCUGAAACCCCAAAGAUUUUAAACCUGGAUAUGAAGUUACCUGCCAAAACACAGGAACCAACAGAGGAGGCAGAAACUCAGAGUAUAGCUGUAAACCGUGAAAACGUAGAUUGCUCAGGUCCUCCUUUACUUCCAGAUAGUAUGGAAAAUGGCAUAGAUUGGCCCCAAAGAGUUGAAAAGAUACCAAAUAAUGCAUUUAUAUGUCAAACAACUGGAUUUCUACCCACAGGUAGUUCAGCAAGGCCAGAAUCAGAUCUUAUGACACCAGCCAAAGAGAGGCACGAUAGAAAGGUGUGUGAACAUCUGGCUGCAGCAGAGUUGUGUGGCAAAGGUGGAGUAUCAGCAACUAGUAGAAAAUCUGAUGGAUCUUUACAUUUAAUACCUAGAGAUGCUACUGUGACUGAAGAGAUGCUUCUGUCAUUGCAGUUAAAAGAUUCAUGCAGUAAUACAAAUAUGCCAGAGUGCACAUUGCUGCCCACUGUAAAUGUUAAUUUGUCAUCUUUUAUGCCUGAUGAAGAAUGUAUCAGCAUGCAGUGUGAAUCCAAAGACAAAAGCAGUCCUCAGGGUUCUCUGGAAAGCAGUACAGAGGACAGUCCGUAUGAACACUGUGGAAGAGAGGCUGCAGAAGAAGUACUUGCACAAGUAAAAGCAACCUUAGAAGAUUCAAAGGCAGUGGAGAGUGAAGAGGAACUAGCAGAAUGGGCAAGUGAGAUAGCAGAGGUUAAUACUGGAUUAAAUACACAGUUCGCUGUACCUGAAUUGUCUGUUAUCGGAGAGGACAGUGAAGGGAAAAACUGCUUUAACGCAGUUUUUGCCCAGAAUAAUGAGAAUCCAAAGCAGGUACAAAUGAAGGAUCAAGACAUGAAGAGGAAUGAUCAGCUUGAAGAAAAUAGUCUGGACUGUAGUGAUGACAUGAAGGAAUCGACGGAUCUUUUGGCCUUUUCUCCACUAAUUGAACAGUGGGAAAACAGUUCUUUUACUAUCAUUUAUGAAGGUGCCCUUCAAACUGAGAACAAAUCUGUCUCAACUGAUGAUAUGCAAACUGGUUCGCUUUCUUCUUCUGUUCUGCCUUCGGAUAAUAUAGAUCAUCUAAUGUGUGAAAGAGCAAAGACUAAAUAUGAGCCAGCCUGUCUUUAUGGGAAGGAUAACAAGUUGAGUGAGGCAACAGAUGACCGUAGCUCAGAGUCAUUUCUGAGCGUGGAGGCCAAGCGCUAUAGAGUAUAUCCUUUCUCUUUGUCUCCAAUAUACGAAGACGACAGCUCCCAAGAAGACUUACUUUCCACAGAUGUGUCACCAGAAGGCCGUCCUAGUGGACUAUCUAAAGAUAACAUUGACCACACUUCUGUGCUAUCCCUUCUCCAGUCGGUUUCUGAGCGCUUACAGUUUACUACUCAGUUCAGUAAAGAGGAUGAGGAGGAGGGAGUGGAGGACGAGGAGGAGGAGGAAGAAUCAUCAUAUGAAGAAAAUAUGCUUGAUGUUGAGAGAGAAGAAGAAUGUCUUUCCAGUCAGUGGAGAGGCAAUUUAAAAACAGCCCUUCCAUCAAACGACCAGACUAGAUCUUUGUUUCCUGAACAAUCACCUCUUCUUUCAAAAGAAAAACUUGACCCUAAGGAGCAACCAGAACUGUUUCCAGAUGCGGCUUCUCCUGGUCAAACACCUUGUAAGCCAGUUUCACAGAAAGCUGAUGCUGCUCUAAAGCAUCCUCCUCCAAGUGUGUACUACCAGUAUUUGAAAUCUGCCAGCAAUUGCUCCUCUGAGAAGGGGACCAGGUUUGGAAGCAUUCUCCAGGAUAUGUUGCAGCCAAAGAUUCAUUGGUCUCAAGACAACACCAUGCCAAAACUGGGAGAAUUGUCAGCGAACCUCAUUGACAGGGCAAGUCUCAAAUACAAUCCAAGACCGGGAAAGAUUAUUAUUUAUGAUAUUUAUGGUGACAAAAGUAAACAAGAAGUUCAUUCCGAUGUGCUAGAUACCACGUCCUGGAUCUUUCCCAUUGGGGCAUUACUGAGGAUAAUUAGAGGAUGUUGGAUUUUUUAUGAGAAACCAAAGUUCCAGGGUCGGAAAUAUGUACUAGAAGAAGGAGAGACUGUGCUGGAUCACCUUUGGGAUAUUCCGGGCGUGAAACAUCGUCGAAGAAACAUCACAGUUGGUUCAAUCAAACAUGUAACAAAGGACUGUGGCAUUCCGGAGGUAGAGUUCUGCCUGGCAGCUGGUAGUACAGAGGGACUUCCUAUCUGCAUACAGAGUGCAGUUGCCAAUUUAGAAGAACUGGAUGUUGAGAAAAACCCUUACAUAAGAGUCAAAUCAGGAGUAUGGCUUGCUUAUUCAGACUUUAAUUACAAGGGAGAGAUGAAGGUUUUGGAAGAAUGCGAUUCACCAUCUGAAAUUCCUUCAGCAGAUGUAAAAUCUCUGCGUCCCUUAAAAAUGGGUGGACUAAAGGUACAAAUGCCAAUGAAUGUCAAGAUAAUAAUAUAUGAGAAAACCCACUUUGGAGGAUGGUCCAAGGAGUUUUCAGAAAACAUCGCUUCUGUCCCAGCUCUGUUUGGUAGUGAAGAGGAGUUUCAGGAAAUUGGAUCAAUAAGUGUAAUUGGUGGAGUAUGGGUUGCCUAUGAUAAGGAACGCUACAAAGGCCAUCAGUACUUGCUGGAGGAGGGAGAUUAUGAAGACAGACACUCAUGGGGGGGAACUGACAGUGUCCUCCUGUCUUUCCGGUUCCUUCAGGCUGAUUUCAUAGAGUCAUCAGUGGCACUUUUUCAGUCUGAUGAUGAAGAUGGCAAAGCAUUAGACAUCGUCAAUGAAGAAAUCCCUGAUUUGGAGCAGGGUGGAUUUGGCCCAGAGACGAGGUCAAUUCUUGUGAGAAGUGGAGUGUGGGUCGCAUAUCAGCAGAAAUAUUUCUGCGGAGAACAGUAUGUGUUGGAGAAAGGAAAAUAUAAAUGUUUCUUCGACUGGGGAGGAUCUAGUAAAAUCAUCAUGUCAAUUCGACCUAUUAAGUUGGAACCGCUUGGAACAAAUGAGCCUCCACAUUUGCUCAAAGCUUUCAGUAAUACACAUUUCCAAGGAGCAUGUAUAGAUUUCACAGCAGAAGUUUCUGAUUUUACAUCAUUCAUACCAUGUUCUUUUAAGGUUCUUCGGGGAUGUUGGCUCCUGCGUUACCAAGGGGAAAUCACUGACAAUCACUGUGUACUGGAAGAAGGCCUCUACGUUGACCUCAGUUCCUGUGGCUGCCCGACUGCUACAAUCAAAUCCCUCAAGCCUAUUCAAUAUGUUUUUGCUGAGCCCUCCAUCAGUCUGUUCGCUCUGGAAUGCUGCAAGGGCAGAGAGCUGCACUUCAGUGAACCCAUCAAUUCUGUUUUGAAUGAGGACCUUCAUUUUUACACUCAGUCUGUAUGGGUGAGAAGUGGAUUGUGGAUUGCAUACGAAGGAUGUAAUUUUUUAGGAAAGCAGAUUCUGCUGGAGCCCAGUGAGAUUUCCAACUGGAAUGAACACAGUGGCUGGAAAGUAAUUGGCUCCCUUCGUCCUAUGAAGCAGCCAGCAGCGUACCUCAGAGUGAAGAACCGAGCCCAAGGUAAAUAUCUGACGGUUGCUGGAAGCCUGGCAGAUAUAAGAGCAACAUCAGUGUGCGCAUCCCCAUACAAUGGCAAGAAUACCCAGAUCUGGCACUACUGUCGUGGACUUUUCAAAUCCAAGGCUAACAAUGCCUGUCUGGACGUCAUUGGUGGCAGAGAUGUGUCCGGGGCCAAAGUCGCGCUCUGGGCAGAACACGGGAAGGACAGGCAAAAGUGGAGACUCAAUGAGGAUGGAACCAUCACUUCAUACCUCAGCGACCAACUGGUGCUUGAUAUUAAAGGAGGAAAUUAUUAUGACAAGAAUCACAUCAUUAUGAAUCAGCCGAUAGACGACAAACAUUCACAAAAAUGGGAUAUUGAAAUAUUGUGAGUAAAACCCACCAGAUGGACCUUGUGUGGGUUAUUAACACCUGGGGGGGGCCAGAACCUACUGAAGUCACACACCACUGGAACCUUAAGCAGCAACUCCUCUCUACUUUCUUCAUACCAACUCCUAAACCAACUGAAUUUUGCACAAAUCUGGAAGAUGGGAGGUUGAUCUGAUGUCUUUCUGCAGGGAAGCUGAUUCUUUAGAGGCUGCUCCUAUGAAAGUCACUAUUACUCUUCAUCUGAAGUAUUGAAAGUAACUGCAAAAGACUAGACAUGAGUUUUGCAGGAUAUGAACUGCAAGAGAUAACAGGGGAAAGGCUCUUUAGUCUUUACCUUCCCCUCAAAAACUGACGGAAGCUCACUGAAGAAUGAAUGCACUAAUGAGCUUGAAAGAGGUUGAGUUGGACUUUUAUUUCCCGAGUGAAACUGUGUAGGCUCCAAGCGAUCCUGAAGCUCAAAUCAUGUAUCUUGCUAAAAUGCAAUUUAUUUUGUUCAUAAAGACAACUUCGAACUGGAAUUACCAGCUCAGCACGUGAAAUGGGGCAGUAGAGAAAGCCUGACUUUCACCCCCUUAAUGUUACUGGUAGGCCUUUGUCUUCGUUUCUUUUAACAAUACCAAAUUUCCAGAUUCAGGCACUGGUUUUGCUGACCCACGGCCUGUUUCCAACCCAUGACACUGUGAGUUAUCGCUGAAGGUCACCUUUAACAUGGAGCCGUAUGUGCACGUAUCAAGAGAGAAUAAACGGUCCUGGGUCGCGCUAGACUUCUACAAGGGCUAGCUGCAUUUAGAGCAGUAAUGAUUUUAACUCUAGCUGUAUUCUGUUUUGAUGUGUAUAGAGUAAUUUAAUACCAUGUAAUUUGGUCUUGAAACCACGUCUUCCUUCAGAAAAUAAUUCACUCUAGUAUGUCUUUGCAAAGGUGCUAGCAGCCUGCAUUUCAGCGCUUGUUUAGUGGUAAAAGAACAGCGUAACUGCAUGUCAACGUUACUGUGGCCCAUCAACAACAUGCACAUCUUAUCCCGGAGGGAUAGGACUUGGCGUGCCGGUGCUUUCCUCAAUCUCAGCACUAUGCAACCAGCCAUGCUAGCUAUCACUUGAGACAGAGCGAGCCAAAUACCUUCCUGGACUGCAGUUAUCGCAGGCUUGACGAGCACGUUCCUCACACAACACUGACAAAUACAGAAGGAACUCCAGACAGUUGUAGGGCUGUGAACACCUGACGUGGAAGACAAGUCCCUUGGAUCACUGGUAACUUCAUUUGAUUUCAGCGUCACUAAAUUAAUCUACUUCAUUGGAAAUGUAGGGUUUUUUUCCUUAUUUGUAUAUUCAGGGUAUGUAUUUCUAUAACUAUUUAAAGAGUUUAGGUUAGCUAAAGACAGAUAUUUUAAUUUCCAAAAGCUGUAACUAUUCCAGUUGUGCAUUCAAACAGGAUUCAUCCCCAAACAAAUAAAAACACAUAACCCCAAGUUUGCCACAGAAAUAAAAUAUAUGGAUGUCUAUUUUUGUACGAAAUGGAGUUCUGUAUAGUACUAUUUAAAAAAGAAAAACCCAACUGUCUACUUGCACUUACUAUUUUACGUUCUAAAAUUAUCAUAAAUCUGCUGUUUA